AUGUUUCUCAAAAGUUUGUGCAAAUCUGUCCUUUUUGGAGUACCCAUAGGCAUAACCUUCCUUGACACAGUGGGAUAUGUCGCACGAGUGGAAGGAAUAUCUAUGCAGCCAGUUCUCAAUCCGGGAACCAAGAAUACCGAUUACGUAUUUUUGUCGCGAUGGUCAGUAAGAGAUUAUCAAGUUAAAAGAGGUGAUGUUAUCUCACUGGUGUCUCCAAAAGACCCUAAUCAGAAGAUCAUAAAGCGAGUGGUCGCUCUGGAAGGUGAUGUUGUAAACACACUCGGUUACAAGAAUCAAUAUGUAAAAAUCCCUGAAGGGCAUUGUUGGGUUGAAGGUGAUCAUACAGGUCAUACAUUGGAUAGCAACACAUUUGGCCCGGUAUCAUUAGGUCUGAUUAAUGCUAAAGCCCUCUGCAUAGUUUGGCCACCCAGCAGGUGGCAGAAUUUGGAAGCUAAGCUGCCAAACAAUAGAAGUCCUAUCAGUAAAUCAAUAUGA